CCGGUGGCGGGCACAUCUGGGUCAGCUGACCGUGGAAGCGGUUGCGGGUGAGCUCGAAGGCCCUGCCUGUAUCGUAUCUGGAAGGCCCGGAGGUCGAAUGUCCGACGAGCCCCGAGUCUCACCUUGCAUCGAAUUUCGUCGCUCAGUCAGAAGGUCGAAUCGGGGUCGACAUCGUGUGGAGGUUCUGGUUGUGGGGGCGGGGACACGUGAUCGUCUCAGAGGCGAGUCAUCAAAGCGCACAUUGUCAGUUAUCGGCAAGAUUUUCGGGCCCGGCCCCCCUCGUGGCGUGAUUCCUCGCUUGAAUGCUCGAGAUUCCAGCGUCGGGUUUCAUUCGGUUGGGGUUUUUGAUUCCGGACGAGCGGAAAGAGUGUGCGUUUGGGCGAUCGGCGAGCUCUCGAGGCAAAUCUCGCGAGGAUUCGUUCUGUUCUGGGGCUUUGUGUUGUGCUUUUACUUCGUGGGGCGAGCGAGCGAGCGAGUAGAGUGAGUUGGUUCGUGAGGAGAGCAGGAGCCUGAAAGCAUGACGUUAGCAGCCCAAGGGCCAGAGCCAUGGCCUUCUCUGCUCAAGUAUGGCAACGCUUCCAUCAUCCCUCAGAAGACUGCGACUUCGAAACCUGGAGCCAGCAAGGCUGGCUCCAAGAUUGUUCUCCCUAUGGAAGCGAAAAAGGACAGUGUCUCACAAACUGAGGACAUUCUCGACUCCAUCCUGCCGCCCAGGACGUGGACAGAAGGGUCCGAUGUUUGGAUUCAGAAGGUUUCCAGUGCUCCAGCAACUCGUCUUGAUGUCAUCAACUUGCAGGAAAAAUUGGAUCAACAACUGCAGCAUCGGCAAGCUAGGGAGACAGGAAUUUGUCCAAUUCGGGAGGAACUCUACGCUCAAUGCAUGGACGAGCUUAUCCGCCAAGUUACGGUCAACUGUGCAGAGAGAGGUCUCCUCCUUCUCCGGGUUCGUGAUGAGCUCCGAAUGACAAUAGCUGCAUAUCAGGCAUUGUAUGAAAGCAGUGUGGCAUUCGGCUUGAGAAAAGCCUUGCAGGCCGAAGUUGGAAAGGCGAAUAUGGAAGUGCGCAUCCAGCAGUUGGAGGCUGAGGCCAAGGAGCUUGACAGGCAAGUGGCCGAGUGGAAGAACAAGUGUGAAGUUAACGAGAAGAAGGAGAUCGACCGGAAGGCGUACGAGGAGAAGAAACACGCCGAAGAGAUUGCUUACUUCACUCGCUCGAACAAGCAGCUGAAAGCUCAACUUGAAGCCUUUUUGGCGCCUGCAAAGAAAUAGUUUUAUCGAGCUUAUUGCUUGUACAUUCAGAUUGAUUUGUGUGCUAAAAGGAUCACCGGUUUGGGCCCCGAGUGAAGUCACGUAGAGUCGAGAACAUAAGACCUUAGGUUAGGCAACGUUUAGCACUGACUGCGGCCUUAGAUUUCCUUUGUUGACAACGGGCUUCAGUUUAGUUCGAGAGCCUCGAAAUUCCACACCUUCAGAUUCAUCAAAUGCCGUCUCUUUCACUUCAGAGGGGUUGAGAUUAGACUUGACAGAUAAAUCAAGCCACCGGAGCAGAAAAACUUCACCACAAAAAAGUAUUGAUUCCUAUCGUGAUAUUAAUAAAAAAAUGUUUGGUCUG